GCCGCGCCGGGCCGAGCCGGACCGAGCCGGGCGAGACCCUCCCCCCUCCCUCCCCGCCGCGGCGGCCAUGGGGACGGCGUCGUCGCUGGUGAGCCCGGCGGGCGGCGCCGGGGAGGUGAUCGAGGACACGUACGGCGGCGGCGGCGGCGAGGCGUGCGAGAUCCCCGUGGAGGUGAAGCCCAAGGCGCGGCUGCUGCGCAGCUCCCUGCGGCGCGUCGGGGCGGCGCGGCCCGGCGGCCUCCUGGGCGCCAGCUUCAAGUCGACGGCGUCGGUGCAGGAGCUGGAGUGCGCGGCCGAGUACGAGCGCCUCAAGAAGGAGUACGAGAUCUUCCGCGUCAGCAAGAACAACGAGGUGGCCUCCAUGGUGAAGAAGGAGGCCAAGCUGGACCGGGAGAACAAGCGGCUGCGCGCGGAGCUGCAGGCCCUUCAGAAAACGUACCAGAAAAUACUUAGAGAGAAGGAGAGUGCGUUGGAAGCCAAAUACCAAGCCAUGGAGAGAGCUGCUACGUUUGAACACGAUCGAGACAAAGUCAAAAGGCAGUUCAAGAUUUUUAGGGAAACUAAGGAAAAUGAGAUUCAGGACUUACUGAGGGCCAAACGAGAGCUAGAAGCAAAACUUCAGAGACUUCAGGCCCAAGGAAUUCAAGUGUUUGAUCCUGAAGAGUCUGAUUCUGAUGAUAAUUGUACAGAUGUUACAGCUUCUGGGGUGCAAUCUGAAUACUGGAAUGGAGGAGCUUUGGGAAGUGAACCAUCCAUGGGUAGUAUGAUGCAACUUCAGCAGUCUUUCAGAGGACCUGAAUUUGCUCAUAGCUCUAUAGAUGUUGAGGGACCAUUUGCGAAUAUAAACAGAGAUGACUGGGAUGCUGCUGUUGCUAGUUUGUUACAGGUUACGCCUCUGUUUUCCCACUCUCUGUGGAGUAACACAGUAAGAUGUUUUAUUAUUAGUACUGAAGAGACUCAACCAGAAGUGGACAUCUUCAUUAGGAACUACUCACCAAAACUUCAAAGAAUCUGUGAAACAAUGGGAUACUUCUUUCAAGUUGUUCAUUUUCCAGCAGAAAAUGAAAGUCAUUUUAAGGAUGUAAGAAAAUGGGAAAUUGAAAAAAGUUCAUUAGUCAUUUUGCUCUUACAUUUAACUUUGCCAAGUUGUUUGUUGGAGGACUAUGAAGAAGCCUUCUUGAGAAAUCCGGAAGAAAAGCCCCGUGUGAUUUACCACAGAAUGGAAGAUGACAAAGAGAGCUCAGUCUUGGUGCAGCAGUUAAUUGAGCAAAUUUGUUAUGUCAACAAAGCAAAGAUGAUUGAUCAUAUGGGAAGUGUGGAGGAAGGAGCAUAUGAAAUCUAUAAUUGUGUGGAAAAGAUAAUUAAACAGGAUAUAUUGGGCUGUGAAAUGACAGAACUAGAAGGCAAGGAUUUAGGUAAUAAGGAAGAGUCGAACACUCCUGAAGAGGAAGUUUUUGGUGAUGUACUGUGGGAUGCACAUGAUGAACAAGAACAGAUGGAAGCUUUCCAGCAGGCCUCUAACUCAACAUGUGAGCUGGGAUUUGAGAAAUAUUUUGAACGUCUGAAUGACCUGGUAGCAGCACCAGCACCUAUUCCACCUCUGCUUGUCUCAGGAGGACCAGGCUCUGGGAAAUCUCUCCUUCUGUCAAAAUGGAUUCAAUUGCAGCAGAAGCAUUCACCAAACACACUAAUUCUUUAUCACUUUGUGGGGAGGCCCAUGUCUACCAGUUCAGAAUCUUCACUGAUAAUUAAACGCCUUACUUUAAAGCUUAUGCAACAUUCUUGGUUAGUGUCACCUUUGACAUUGGAUCCAGCUAAACUUCUGGAAGAGUUUCCCCGUUGGCUGGAAAAACUUUCUGCACGUCACCAAGGCAGCAUUAUUAUAAUUAUUGAUUCUAUUGACCAAAUACAGCAAGCUGAAAAGCAUAUGAAAUGGCUGAUAGAUCCUCUACCAGUGAACGUAAGAAUGAUUGUGUCAGUGAAUGUAGAAACAUGCCCACAGGCUUGGAGGUUGUGGCCCACUCUUCAUCUUGAUCCACUGAAUUCCAAAGAUGUUAAAUCUCUCAUUAGUGCAGAAUGUAACUCUGCAAAUGUUAAAUUGACUAAAGAGCAGGAGAAGAAGCUUGAGAGACACUGUCGCUCUGCUACAACUUGCAAUGCCUUGUAUGUCACUCUUCUGGGUAAAACUAUUGCCUGUGCUGGAAGUACAGGAAAUAUUGAUGAAACCCUUCAACAGUGUUUCCAGUGUCAAGACACAGUGUCACUCUACAGGCUUGUUCUGCAAUCAGUUCAAGAGUCGUUGAGGAAUGACAAAGAGAAAGAUCUUUUGAAAGAGGUUCUGUGUGUUAUUGGUGUUAGCCACAAUGGUAUGAGUGAGUCAGAACUGAUGGAACUUUAUCCUGAACUGUCUUCUGCAAUGCUAGCCUCGCUCGUUCACAGCCUGCACAAAAUGUGUUUGCUGACGUAUGGCUGUGGUUUGCUAAAAUUCCAGCACCUCCAGGCUUGGGAAAUGGUGAAAUUGGAAUGUAUGGAAAGUGAAAAUGCUAUUUCUACCUAUAGACAGAAACUAGUAGACUAUUUCACCAUGCAGCUAAGUCGAGACCGAGUGACUUGGAGAAGUGCAGAUGAACUUCCCUGGCUCUUCCAACAACAGGGUGACAAACAAAAGCUACACAAGUGUCUUUUGAAUCUCUUUGUAUCCCAGAACCUUUACAAAAGGGGACAUUUUGCAGAAUUGCUGAGUUACUGGCAGCUGGUUGGGAAAGAUAAGAGUUCUAUGGCAGCUGAAUAUUUUGACUCUCUGAAAGAAUAUGAAAAAAGCUGUGAGGGAGAGGAAAGUAUGAUCUGCCUGGCUGAUCUUUAUGAGACCCUGGGACGAUUUCUUAAGGACUUAGGUCUUCUCAGUCAGGCUGUAGCUCCUCUCCAGCGUUCUUUGGAGAUUCGAGAGACUGCGCUGGAUCCAGACCACCCAAGGGUGGCACAGUCACUCCACCAGCUAGCAGGAGUUUAUGUUCAGUGGAAAAAGUUUGGAAAUGCUGAACAGCUAUAUAAGCAGGCGCUGGAAAUCUCUGAAAAUGCUUAUGGAGCUGAACAUCCUCGAGUAGCCCGGGAACUUGAUGCCCUUGCAACCUUGUACCAAAAGCAGAACAAAUACGAACAAGCUGAGCAGCUGAGGAAAAAGUCCUUCAAAAUACGCCAAAAGGCAGCAAGGCGAAAAGGCAGUUUGUGUGGCUUUGCUCUCCUGCGUCAAAGAGCCCUGCAACUGGAAGAACUCACAUUAGGCAAAGAUACACCAGACAAUGCUCGAACCCUCAAUGAGCUUGGAGUCCUCUAUUACCUGCAGAAUAACCUUGAGACAGCAGAGCUUUUUCUGAAGCGUUCCUUGGAAAUGAGAGAGAGAGUCCUGGGACCCAACCACCCAGACUGCGCACAGUCCCUCAACAAUCUGGCAGCCUUGUACAAUGAGAAGAAGCACUAUGAUAAGGCAGAGGAGCUCUAUGAACGAGCUUUAGACAUCAGGAGAAGAGCGCUGGCUCCAGAUCAUCCCUCCUUGGCUUAUACCGUGAAACACCUUGCAGUGCUGUACAAAAAGAUGGGAAAACUUGACAAGGCUGUUCCUCUGUAUGAACUAGCUGUUGAAAUUCGACAGAAAUCAUUUGGCCCAAAACACCCUAGUGUAGCUACUGCUUUGGUGAAUCUUGCUGUUCUUUAUUGUCAGAUGAAAAAGCAGGUUGAAGCUUUACCUCUUUAUGAACGCGCAUUAAAGAUUUAUGAAGACAGCUUUGGUCAUAUGCAUCCUCGUGUGGGAGAAACUCUAAAGAACUUGGCUGUGCUUAGCUAUGAAGGGGGAGAUUUUGAGAAGGCGGCUGAACUUUACAAGAGAGCUAUGGAAAUAAAAGAAGCAGAGACUUUGUUGAUAGGUGGAAAAGCAACUUCCCGUCAUUCAUCAAGUGGAGACACAUUCAGUUUGAAAAGCGCUUUGUCACCAAAUGUUUUCCUGGAACAUGGACAAAGGUGAUAUAAUGCUGCUCAAAUUUAAAGGUAGUCUCUAUUGACAUUUUAAGUUAGUCAUAAAAAUAUUAAGAAGAUCUAUAUUUCUUGGAAUAAGAGAGUAUUUUGGGACCUAAACCUGUCUUCCGGAAUGAAAAGGAAAACACGUUUAAGAUUGAAAUCCUUUCAUGUUAACUUUAAGGACUGUAUAGUACAAAGUGAGUUUCUUUCAUUGUAUAUAGACAUGCAUAUUAAUUAAUUGCUCAAGUUAUAGCUAAUGCCAAAAACAUGGUACUUUGACACCUCUUAGGCCAAGAGCCAGGAUUAUAACACAAAGAUAGGUUGAAAUAAUUGUAUAUACUCUAUGUGACAGUUCUUAUUUCUGUGUUCCAGUGGCCUGGCUUAGGCCACUUACUUAUGUAUUUUUCGUUUCAACAACCUUUUCUGCCUUUUCAGGAGUUUUUAAAGAUGUUUCUGUAUAGAUAGUAAUUUUGAAAAAGUUAACUACUGUUCCACCCAAAGUUUUACUUGCAAGUUGGUUUCAGCUUUAAGAAGGCUUAUAUUCAAGGGACUUGUGAAAAAAAAAAGGGUUUCCCUGGGAAGAAAAUAUAUUUAAAUGUAACAUCAUCUACAGUUAAAGCUUUCCAAAGGAUGUCAGAUUCAGCUAUGCUUAGUAGAAAUACUUCCAGUGAGGAACUAGAAUGAAGAUGUGUAUAACAUGAUUCCCUGUUGUUUAUCCUCUGAUGAUAUUUUCACUAUUUAAUCUCAUUUAAUCCCUUAAAAUACAAGAAGGUUUGUAUUAGCCAGAAAACUCAUUGAUACAGAAUAAUUUGUCUUCAGAUAAAUAGAUACUACUCAAGUCUACAGGAUGUACUUAGUAUUCUGGUCACCUGGAAGUAUCAAUCUGAAGUAUGUUUUUACUCAGUGCGUAAGCCUGUGAAUCAGUUUUGUUGUAAAAAGUCUUUUAAAAUAUGUAUUUAAAGGAAUGUAAGUGAAAAAUGAAUUGAAACCUCACUAUUAUUUCAGAUGUAACUAAUGGAUGUAUAUUUGAUCUGGUUUGAAAUUGCGAAUGACUCUUAUCUCAAAGGGGUACUUACCUUCCACAAUCUUUUUUUGUGUUUUUUUAAGAGUUAAAAUGAACUUUUCAGCUUUUGUUCUGAUUAGAAAGGAUUUAAUGUUUUGGUAGGGCUAUAACUUAGCAAAUUACCAGUUUCAUAUUGUUCUAAACAGACAUACAAACUCAAACUUGAUCUUUUACAUUAAAUACUUAUUUAAAAAAAUACUCAAAAGGAGCACUUGAAGCUAUUGCAAUAUAGCCACAGUCUACAGUUUGUACUAGCUUUGUUUUUUUUUUUUCUUACUUCAGAAAACAGUUCUGCUCAUAAGUUUUGCAUUGUAUUCCAACUACCUUACGGGCUUGUUCCUUUGCAGGAAUCCUACAGAGUUAAGAAACAAACAAGCCCCCCAAUCAUCUCACUUCUCCAUUAAUCAAAAGCCUGUAUUUGUUCCGGUUACUUACUCUUCUCAUACCUGAUAAAUUCCUCCAGCAAGGACAGUGUUGCACAGUAGCAGGUGCCUGGAUUAGCCUGUCAGUGCUGCUCAGAUUUUAACAUGUAUAAUGGUAUCUUCCUCUCCUAAGCAGUUUUCCUUCACAUUGAUAGCUGAAGUGAAGAAGAACCUUCAGUGUCCUAUUGAACUUUCCCCACUGAAUGAUUUCCGACUCAUAAAUUGUUACUAUUCUUUCCUUAAUUUACUUCACUCCCCUUUUUUUCCCUAGGUGAAGUGCACUGUUACUUUUGAAAGAAAAAUCAGUCCCUUAAAAGUAGCAAUUUGCAACCACUCGUGGUCCAUGAGCAAAGACAGUGAGCAAUUUGCUUUCCCUGACAACUUGAAGAAGAGUUCUUAUGGAAAGCAUGAUCGUGAGCAAGAGUGGAGGAUCUUGCUGGUCACGACUGUGCUCUCCCGACAGUUGCUCAUGUGGUUGUUGUUUUACCUCACACACAUAAGAGUAAUUUGUAUAGCUAGUGUAAGCCAAACACUGUAAUAUAUUUAAUACUUCUGUACAGGAAAAUCCACCUCAAAACAGGAAGUCUUCAGAUUCAAAGGAGAUUUAAUAAUACAGCCAGAAUACCAACAUCUCAAUAACAUUCAUGAUGCACUGUAGGAACUGAAACUUUAUUAAAGAUUGCUAAAAAACUGAACAAAGCCCAACUAAUUGUUGCAAUGUGCUCUGUUUAUUAUGCCACAACAGAAAGUCAUAGAUUUUCCAUUAGGUUUUCAAGUCAAUUAUCUUUGUAAAUGCCUUUUAAUGGGAAAAAAUGUCUUAAUUUUAAGUUCAGUACUAAACUGAAUUUUAACCAUUAGUACACUCAAACUUAUUUUGUAAUUAUUUCAAAUUCUUGUGUAUUAGUUGAAAGUGAGAAAGUAAUACAAGAACCCUUUUGCAUGCUCCAGAAGUGUGCUGAUGAUAACAUAGGAGUUUGCUCCUAAAACUGUACAUGAAAUAAAACUGUAAGUAAACAGUUGCCUAUUGUAAAGCUGUAAAUCAUGUGAUAGCUGUAAUAUCUACAGCCAGUCUCAAGCUUAACUGAGUUGUCAUAAAAAUAAGUCAACCGUUUGCUUCAGAAUCUCCAUAGUAAA